CGUCGCAUAGUCUGAUGAAUGAAACUUGAAAAUUUCGCAAUUCAAACCUCAAAUUUCGCCCUGGGCCAGUCAUCUUUUCACUUGACACGCAUCACCUGCCGGCCAUGAGCGAGCUGUAUAAAGAGGCCGCAGCUCUACUGGCGAAGCUGGAAAAGCGUCAGGGCGGCCUCAAGAGUCUAGCGUAUGCAGAUUCCACAGUGCACAAGCGCAGCUCAUUUGCGCUGGUGUGCGAGACGCUGCGCUAUAAACCGCUGCUGAGAGAGCUCCUUGCGGCAGUGCCUGAGUGCCACAAGGCGCUGAAGACGCCCAAGAACGCCAAGGAGCCGCUUGCGCUCGUGUUCGUGGCGCUUUAUGACCUUCUGUUUGGCCGUAAAAAAAUCCAGGGCGGUGGCUACGUUAAGAAGGCGCUAAUGCAGCACCAGACGAGCUUCCGCGCGGCUCUGGCGAGACUCAAGAUCAAGCGCAAGGUGGCGUCCAAUGAGGCGCUCCUACCGCCCGAGAACCGCCAGCAGCACCUUGCACUACCUCGUUAUGUGCGUGUCAACACGCUGCUGGCUUUACCCGAAGAGGUUGAGGCCUUCACGCGCGAGUACGACGCCAAACAAGACCGAGAUGUGCGCGACCUGCUCGUGCUACCGUCAGGCACGGAGCUACACGAACAUGAGAUGGUCAAGAGUGGUAAACUGGUUCUACAGGAUAAGGCCAGUUGCUUCCCGGCCUUUGUGCUACAUGGAGAGCACGCCGACCCUAGGGACAAGCAGGGCGACGUGAUCGACGCAUGUGCCGCGCCUGGUAACAAGACCAGUCAUCUGGCGAUGCUGCUGCAGCAACAGGAUAGCGACGGAGGGGACGGCACGAUCCCCAAGCGACGAGUAUUUGCAUUCGAUCGAUCACCCAAGCGACUGGAGUUGCUGAAGCGUCGAAUGAAGCUUGCAGGUGCUGCUACUAGAGUACAGGCCGAGCUCCAGAGCUUUUUGGAGGUGCCUGUGGACGGUGAAAUGUACCGCAACGUCCGCAGCAUCUUACUGGACCCGUCUUGCUCUGGUUCAGGCAUGACAAACCGUCUGGAUCACUUGCUGGAUAUUGCCAGUUCACAUGAUACGGUACUGGAACCCGAUCAUGGCGCGGAAUACGAGGAGGACACGGCGAAACGCUUGCAAUCACUUGCAGAUUUCCAGCUAGAGGCGCUACGUAAAGCAUUUUCGUUUCCACAGGUCGAGCGUGUCGUGUACUCGACCUGCUCCAUUUUCCAGAAGGAAGACGAGGAGGUUGUCGCGGCAGCGCUUAAAUCAGAAGAGAACAUUCGUGCGGCGCGUCCGUUUGUACUGAAGCCCGCUCUUACGUCGUGGCCACGCCGUGGGCUCGAGGUUGCAGGCCUGACGGCUGAGCAGGCCAAGGCGCUUGUGCGUGCGAACGGCCUCGAGGACUCGACGAACGGAUUCUUUGUGGCGUAUUUCGAGCGAACUGACAGGCCUGAUGGAUCAGAAGGAGAGAAGAAAAUCAGUGAGGAUUCCCCACUAACUAUCUCAAAGGACGACACGACAGAAUCCGACACUACUUCACAAACGGGUAAAAAGCGCAAAGCCUUGUCUGCCACUCAAAAGGAAAAUCGUAAACGGCGGAAACAUGAGAAGCGCAAGAAGCACGGCAAGGCGAAGUCAGGAACGACAAGCAAAGAAGACGAAGAAGAGUAAAUAACACUUUUUGCUCCUUUAGAUCCUAGCAGUGUUUGUUCCUGUUCCACUCGUGCAUAUGCCAGACUGCGUUACCUCGAGGCCCAAAUUAUCAAGGCUGCUUGUUACUCUGCUGCGAGUUUCGCGGCCUACUGAGUUAGCCGUAAAAGAUGUCGAACUUGCUGAGUCCGGACUCCGGAGUUGGUGGUCUUGUCAUUCGUUAAAGAAAGCAGGCUCGUGGAUAGAAGUGAUCGCCGAGGAAAUCAAGCUAAUACGGCAUGUUCGCAAGACCAGGUCAUUUCAUUUGUAGUCACGUACAAAGCGUCAAAGCCCUGCUUAUAAUUCAAACCUCAAGCAUAUCCGGUUGCUCUCAUAUAUGCGGGAGCUCAACA